AGGGGGGGAGGGGAGAGGGAGGAGGGAGCGCGGGAAGGGUUUGAAUUGACACCAAUCAGAGCGUUGGGCCGCCCUGAUUGGUCGCUCGGCGCCUGGCGAUCGUGAGCGAACAAUGGCCGCGGGUCGGGGACGUUCUCUGGUGCUGUGCGCUCACAUUCUGCCGCCGGAGGAGGAGGAGGCGGCGGCGGAGGAGGAGGAGGAGGAAGAGCACGUGGAGGAGCUGCAGUUUCUGGACUUCACGGACAUGGUCCAACUGACCCGCGGGGGGUGUCAGGUCAAAGCCGCUUCCCUGACACGGCAGCGGGUUACGAUCGAGGAAGUCGAGUCUGGGAAACGUUAUGAUGUAUUCGGACACUUCCAUUUGACCGAUCCGUGGUGGACGGUGACAGCUCGGAUCACAUGUCUGAAGGGCAAAUGGCACCUGGAGUAUUAUCCGUCAUACUCUCUGAGGACGCGGGUGAAAGAUGAAAGAACAAUACUAAGUUUGUUCUUUACGAAAUGUGGCGUACAUCACCAGCAUCAACUAUGGUUUUGGGAUUCUCUCCCUAAGACUAUUAAUCUUGAAUUCGCAAACCUGAUGGAGAUUUUACAAAGCCGUGCAGAUGUGAGCAAGAAUAAAGGAGAGAAAGACAUGGUAAUAAGUAUCAUCGCCGCGAUUAAUAACUCACUUGCAGGUCAGUACAUGCAGAACACCUUGAAGUUUCCACAUCUGAUGGAGCGCCUGCCAAGCCUCUUGCCGCGACAAUUUUUGCACAUCAUGAGAUCGAUUCCUGAAAAGGAGGUAAACAAUGCGGAGAUGAACAACGAGAAGCAAAAUGAAAGCAUAAACAACAGCAUGCUGGAGCAACUGGAGCAGAUUAUUCAGACAGAUGUGUGGAAGCUGGGAUUCAAUUAUCUUCUCCGCAAAGAGGUUAAACUGGUUGGCUGCGAGGCAACAUUGGAAGCCUUUGAACGCUCUAACCUCUUCAGGACAAUUCCAGAGCUACAGCAACACGCCUUAGUCAUUUAUGAUGAACUGAAGCGAGUCUGUUGGAGUAAAGGACACACAUUUGUUGACAUUAAGGAUUUGACUGGGUUACGUGCGGAUAAGUUCAGUGAUGAGAGUGCCUGGGUUUCGCUGGAGUUCCUGAAGAGUGAAAAGAUUAUUGUAAGGGAGAAAACCCGUGUGUAUCUGAGGCGCUUCUAUAAGUAUGAGAAAGAUAUCGCUAUGUGCAUAGAGAAACUUGUGAAUAAACCUCCGUGGAUCAUUUCUCUGCCUGUAAAGGAAGUGCUGAGGAGAGGCUUGAUUCCACCGAAGAAGGAAAGAUCAUCCGAGCAGCAAGAUGAUAACGAUGAUACAACCAAUCCAGAUGCUGACUGUGAUCAGAGCGCAGAUGAUGAUCUGGAUUCGGAUCAAGUUAAAGCUGCUACCAUGAUGUGUGAAAACCCUGUUACAGUUGUGAGUGGAAAAGGUGGCUGUGGAAAAACAACCGUUGUCAGCCUCAUCUUCAAAGCAGCCGUUAAUCUCCAGAGGGAGGUUGAGGAGGCCUGUAAAGCCUUUGAAAUGGAUCAGCUGACAGAAAGUGAUGAUACACCAGCAGACAAUAUUCCCAUCAAACCACUGGAAAUAAGAAACCGUUCGAUCCUUUUCACGGCACCGACAGGGAAGGCUGCUUCUCUUUUAAAGAAGAAAACCCAGUUUGACGCUUACACAUUACACCAGGUAAUGUGGAGUUUCUACAAUGCAGAAAAAUGCAAGAUUACUGGAAAACCUAUUGAUUGGAUGUUUUCUCAAGUGAAUGUUCUGAUAAUCGAUGAGGGAAGCUUGGUCUCCGUGCAGGUUCUGAGCUCUGUGUUACGAAUGCUGAUGGAAUACGCUCUUCUUCAGAAGCUUAUAAUCCUUGGUGAUGUUAGACAGCUACCGAGUAUUGAACCUGGCAACAUGCUUGCUGACAUGUACAACUUUCACGGAAUUAAAUGGGGAAUAGAGCUUUUGACCAAUCAUCGUGCAGAGAGUCAGCUAAUAAUAGAUAAUGCAACAAAGAUUUCCGAGAUGGGUGUGAGCUAUAAAGAAUUGGAGUAUGAUGCAGUGAUGUGUGUGGGGAACGGAGUAACUGCUACAAUUCCAACGGUUGAUAAAAGGUUUAUUAAGGUUUCUCUUCCUCGUGUUUAUGACAGGUUUGCUCUCCAAGAUGCCAUUCAGAUCUUACUAAAGGAAGGGCCAGGAUUGAAAGACCAUCAGAAUUCACAGUUCAUUGCAUUUAGACGGAGGGAUUGCGACUUAAUAAACGAACUCUGCUGCAAACAUUAUUCAAAACAUUCAACCAAAAAUCAUAAAAAUCGGAUCGAGUUCCAGAACGGCGACAAAGUGUGCUGCACAAAGAACGGUUACGUCAGGGACCUUUUAGAACAAAAAAAGUCAGAAAAAAAAUCAGAAGAUGAGAAAGAGAAAAAAACUCGUCUGUGUAAUGGAGAAGUAUUUUUUAUUGGGCAGGAUUUAACUUCAAUUGAGGGUUCUAAGAAGACCCGUUCAUUAUAUCUGGACGAUUUGGAUGAGCGUAAGGUUCAAGUGAACUACAAUGAAAUAAUGAGAGAGUGCAAACUACAACAUGCAUGGGCCAGGACCAUCCAUACAUUUCAGGGAUCUGAAGCUGACACAGUUGUGUACAUUGUGGGAGUAGCAGGAAGACAAAACUGGCAGCACAUCUACACUGCCGUCACACGGGGGCGCCAGCGGGUCUACGUCAUUACGUCCGAGGACCAGUUUAUUAGGGCAGUAAAGACAAGAUGUCCUCGCAGAAGCACACGUCUACGUGAAUUACUACAAGAGAAUCUAUCAAAAGCCAAGUUUACCUCCGCUAAUGGGGAGUCGCUGUCCCAGCAGCCCCCUUCACAGACUGUAAACCAGCAGCAGUCCAGCUCAACCCCUGCCAGAGCACCAGCCACGUUUACAAUUGCUCACCCAAACCCGAUUGACUCAUCGCCCCCAACUGCCUCCGGUCAGGCAAAAGGAGACUUCUUUGCACCUCACUCAGACGGUGAAAUAAAUGAGCCCAGAAGCGAGACUGAACCUCAGAGAGAAACAUCCUAUUCUGCGGACCUGGAAUUUGCACAGAAUUACAGCUGGUCUUCCUCAAGCCAAGAGCUUGAGGACCAAGACAUGGCCGAGGAUCGGAAAAGCCCAACAGCAGAAUCUAUCCCCUCUCCACAGACUAGCAGUGGGAGGGAUGCCUUUCUGGCCAAGUCUGGUGACAUGUCCUCUCAAUGUUGCAGAUCUGCUCCUGCUGCUUCUUCUCCUGACAGUAAGAGGCUCAAUCUUACUGUGGACGAAAUGGAAACUCCUACAAAACAAUCCAAGGUAUCCUUGGUGGAUUCACCUCUUGGCAGUAUGCGACUUGGACUCCUGAAGCUCGAGGAUGUAAUCCCCAAGCAGCUGUUUUCAAAAUAAAUAAAUGGUGAAGACUGUACACUAAUGUACCAUGAUGCAAGUUCAAGGGAUAUUAUUCUCUGAAAAAAAAAUGCACUUCAAAAUGAUCUUGAAUGCUGGAAGCAACAGAGAACAACUGUUGAAUCUGACAAUUUUCUGUCAAGACAACAAACACAUGGAAAAACAGUUACUAACCUGCUCAGUGGUGGUUGAAUGAGAACAGCAAAGUUGGCCCUUAUUUUUAAAAAAAUUGCUAAACUAAUGCUCUCCUGGAAAACGAGAAACACUAUUCUUUAAUCAUUUCCAUUCAAAAUAACAACUAUUUUCUGCAACGUGUCAUAGCUCCCUCUCGUACCUUAUAUCUUACCUAAACAGGAUCUGCAUCUUUAUCAUUGUUUUGCCAUAUGCUACUGCUUUUUAUGCAUGUGCACUUCAAUUACACAACUUUCAUUUAAAAAUGAAACUGCUGCAAAAGUAGUUUUUUUUAAACCUGCUUUUAUUGUAAUUUUUGCAUAUCCCAUACAAAUUUAGCAGUGAGGAUUCCCAAAACCUUAGAGGACGAUAAAUAUCAUGCUACCAAAGUAGGAAAUUUGUACAAAAAUACUUUGCUGUUUAUAAUACUCGUUUUGUUACAAAUAAAAAUACAUUGUCCAAA